GUAAAUCCUGCAGCUGCAGAUAACAGAUUAUUGUCUUACAAUAGACUUUAGUUUAUGUUUGUACCUUUUCUUUGCAUUUAGUAUUGUUAUUGACUUGUUUAGUGAAUUUACUUUUUCAGCGGCACCUGAAUUCCACUUACAUUUGCCACGCUGGAGAUUUAAGCACGCCAUAAUUUAAAAACUCAAGUCAACCUGAUAUUUAUAGACGUUCUUCUGCUGAAAAAUACUUCUGGCCUCACGACAGACAAACAAUGAGGCUCUCCGCUGCAGUCCUCUGGGGUGUGGCCGUGCUGGUGGGCUCACAGAAGUGUGCUGCAAUUCCUGACAACUUUGUAGACCGCUCAUCAAGGAACCUGUCCUCGGUACCAACAGACCUGCCAAAGACAGCUGAGUCUGUAGAUCUUUCACGCAACCACAUACAUCAUCUGCACAAGGGAGACUUUGAAAACACUACCCUGCUUAAGGCCUUGAACGUAUCAUGGAAUGGUUUGGAGCUAAUAGACGGUGGGACUUUCCUUGACACGCCACUCCUGGAAUAUCUAGAUCUGUCACACAACAGGCUGACGAACCUGUCAGGUCAAGAGUACCUGCUAAACACAAGAAACCUUGUGGCACUAAACUUAUCCUGGAAUGAGUUUGCUCACAUGAAGCUGGGAAUUGAGUUUAGUUUAUUGGUAAAUCUGGAGAAAUUAACACUUGGGGGGAAAAACAUCAGUCUGGGUGACUUUAAGAACAUCGCUGGAGUCAAACUACAUAGCUUGACGCUUUCCUUGCAGGAGGAACUUGACUAUGAAGCAGGAAGCUUGAGGGAUGUUCAGGCUCAAAGGCUUCAGACAGUCUUCAGCAGUGAUCAAGCGGUGGACUCUAAUCUGAUUGCUGACGCUCUGUCGUGCUUUGUGGAAGUGGAAAUUAAGAAUUUAACAGGAAGCUACGAAAAAAUAACCGAGCAGCUCAGUGAAAAAGCAGAUAUCCGUACCAAUCAUAUUUUGGUCACUACCUGGGUUGUUGACUGGAUAGACCUAACGGAUCUGGUGAAUGCUGUUCUGCGCACAUCCAUUACCCAUUUGACCUCAACAGAUAUAGCCAUAAGUAGACCACCUUAUCAUGACACCUAUGUGACUGAGACAUCUCACAUGGAGACCUUCAUAAUCACACGGGGGGUUGUGAAAUCAUUUUUCUUCUCACAGGAGGCUCUGUACAAUUAUUUUAUCAACAUGCCUGUAAAAAGUUUGACAUGCAAUGAAACUUUUCUCAUAUACAUGACGUGUCCAAAGAAACAGAGUCCUAUUGUACAUCUGGACUUCUCCUACUGUGCUCUGUCCGAUUCCAUCUUUUCCAGAGUGGUAGAUGAACAUACGGUUGAAUGUGACACUCUGAGUAACUUGACGACAUUGUCUCUAAUGAGCAACAAUGUUAAGAAUCUGUUUGUGCUAAGUAACCGUUUGCAGCACAUGAUGUCUUUGCAGCACCUGGAUCUCAGUGUCAACUCCCUAGUAGUCCCUAAACUCCCUGAUGAUAAAAAUACUACCCGUAAGUGUCUGUGGCCACCAAAUAUCACCAUCAUGAAUCUGUCUUCUGGAGGUCUGACAGACUUGGUUUUUAAUUGUCUACCUGAAGGAGUACAAACGCUAGACCUCCAAAACAAUCAAAUCUCUGUGGUACCAGCCGAAAUUAUCUUUACACUGAAAAAUCUUUCCUCUCUCAACCUAAACUCCAACAGGCUGCGAGAUCUGCCAGUGUGCAAUUAUUUCCCCAUAUUGAACGAGCUCCUGCUGAUGUCCAACUCCCUCCAUGCUCCCUCAGUGAAUAGCUUGCAAAGUUGUCCCAACCUGAAAACCCUGGACGUCAGUCGCAACCCCUUUACCUGCACCUGUCCACUCAGGGAUUUCAUUAGGUUUUGCAGAAGAGCUGAAAAUAAGGGAAGUACCUCGCACAUUGAAUUGCUGAGUUGGCCAUUGGGUUACAACUGCACCUACCCAGAGGAUGUUAGAGAUACCACUUUGAGAGAUUUCUGGAUAUCAGAAAUCUCCUGCAACGCCAAGCUUCUAGCAGCCGUCAUUUUGGUCCCUGCAGUGACAGUGAUCAUCACUGUUCUGCUUCUGUGCCACUGUCUGGAUGUUCCCUGGUACAUGGGCAUGAUCUGGCAAUGGACCAGAGCCAAACAUCGUGCACGAAAGCAACAACUUCGACCUGAAGAUUUGGUGGGUGUCGAGUUCCAUGCUUUUGUGUCUUACAGCCAGCAGGAUGCAGAAUGGGUGACGGAUUCUCUCCUUCCUAACCUUGAAGGUCCCGCUGGGGGGCUCAGAAUCUGCCAUCAUGAGAAAAGCUUUGUCCCGGGAAAGUCAAUUAUCGAGAACAUAAUCAGCUGUGUGGAGAAAAGCCGUCGUUCUGUGUUCGUGCUCUCUGCCAGCUUUGUGAAGAGCGAGUGGUGCCAUUACGAGCUAUACUUUGCCAGUCACCAGCGUCUUUCUCUGGGCUUGGACAGCAUUGUGCUAGUGCUGCUUGAGCCUCUGCCUCAAUACUUGAUCCCAUCCAAAUACUACCAGCUCAAGAGCAUGAUGAGCCGCCACACCUACCUGGAGUGGCCCCAGGACAAAGCCAAACACAGGCUGUUUUGGGCUAAUCUCAGAGCUGCCUUGCAAACCAACCUGCCAAAUGCACCAGAAGCAGAAAUACUUGAUUGACAAGAGGAAGGGAGACUUUCAGAGAAAAGGAAAUGUAAAUGGAGACUUGGGUUGGGGAUGGGAUGUAAAAUAAAGGUAAUUGAAAAGCAAAUAAAGGGUUAGGGUAAAAGAAAAAAAAAGCUUCAUAUAAUGAUGAGAAAACUGGCUUAUAGGCUUCUGGCUGAGUAUUAUAUAAAAAAAAAAAAGCAAAUAAAAAAAUCUGCAUGUAACCAUUUGAUUAACAUUUAAUGGAAAAUCUAUGUAAACUGACAAUUUGAUCAAGACUGAAGCAAAUACA